CGUAGGUCUCAUGUACCUCCUACUGCUCGUAUUCACCUGAAGUCCCUUAUUUAAUUCACUUCUGUCACUGUAAUUACCACUUGUAAAUUUUAGUUACAUUAAUCCUCAAAUUUUUGUUUGGAUUUUAUAAAUAUUUCCUCAGGUUUAUCAAAAAAAUCAUUUGUACUAUUUAUUUAUCACGCGCAAAUCUUUAAGGUCCAUGAGCCCUGCAAUGCACGUUACCUAUAAUAAUACUGCCUUCAUGCGUGUUUAGAGCAAACUGGUGAUUUUGCCGCUCGAUUCCUAAUGACAACACCCUAGACGGCACGUGACAUAUUUGAACGUGAAAAUCUAGAAAUUUCCAUUGAGAUUAUGCUAUGUAAUGAAUAGAAAAUAACCGUUAAUUGUUAGACAGGAUUCUUAAAGCCUUACAUUAAAUUGUAUUAAAAAAAUGCGCAUUCUAAAGUGUCAUGGUACCGAAUCAGAUUUGGUAAAAAAAAUAUAUAUAUUGCAUUUGUUUAUUCGUGAUUAUUCCUAACCUCAGAAACUUACGCCCAAUUCUAUACUGCCUCGCAUUCAUAGUCGUCCGAUCCCGGCUUCAGCUCGGCUAUGUGUCAACUAGAGAGUAAUAUUAGCAAUAUUGUCAAAUGUUGAUACUCAAGUCAAAUCUAUAAAACAGUGCUCAGGAUAACAGCGGAAUCAGCCAUCUGCCUGUAUUACCCGAGUUAUGGGAUCGGGCCAUUAGAUCUCUUUCUGUCUUACGUCUUAUCUGCCCCAUGGGCCUGGCCUGGCUAUCUCUGUUUGGUGUAUUUCGCUGAUCACAGAACUUGUUAUAUAUUUCAUUUAUUUAGUAUCUUGAUUAAAAUUUCACUAAAGAAUUAUCUGUUGGGUCAAUGAAUGUUUGUUGUUGUCACUGCUGGCCUGAAUUGAAUGUUGAAUAUGUCCGUCUGAAAAAGCGUUUCAAUCAUUUCAAUAUACAAAACGUGUUUGUACAACUAAAUGUUUCUCUUCCCGGCUAUUAUGGUAGAUUAUAUUAGUUGAUUGUCCCUCGAUUAAUUUUCACCUCAAGACAUUCGAGCACGAAUGAACGAUAACCAUUUUUGGCUGUGACAAUUUUUUUUCUAGAGUUUUGCUACGGUCAUUUGUGGCAUUUUCCUUUUUUUAGCAAUGGUUAUUAGCCUGCUAUCUUAUAUUUUUAGCCUUAUUUAUUUGUAAAGUUUCGAAUAUCAAACGUUAAAGCUUCUCGAAUAGUUCCCUCUUUCGUCUUUCUCGGUUCGUUCUCCCGAUUUACCUGAUCAGAUCUUGUGCUAAUUUGCUAUCAGUAAUACAAAAUAUACAUAUGAUUCCAUGUUUCGGCUAGCGUACGUCAAAAUUCGUUGGUUGUAAGUCGCCCGUUGCUGUCCAGGUUUGCUAUCGCCCAACACCUUAAUGCAUUCAUUCAAACACAACAAGCCUCUUUUUUGGACUCUGCCGGGAAAGAGUCGUUUAACAACUUUGAACGGACCUCGCCUAUCUCUCGCUGUUAUCGCCCUCUGUUGCUCACUUCGGGUCGUGUCUGCGCCUUUGAGGGGUCCGGGCUGUGUGUGUACCUCGUUGAAGCGUUCUCUUCAGGCAGGCAUGAACGAUGCCACUGGGAUUAGUAGCCAUUUUAAGAAAAAACGUCGCAAAUCGCCUUCUAAUCCUUCGUCUCCUGAACAACAGCACCAACGCAAUCCGAGUUCGGAGCCGCAACUCAAAUCACCAGAUUUCUCGGUUGUUGGCCAGCUAGAGCAUCGGAGUCGUUCGACUCCUUUCAUAAAUUUCGGCAUCGAUCAUAGUUUUGAUUGUAGUGAAGUCAGCGACGACUCGCAUGAGGAGGAAGCCAGCUGGCCGGUUUUGUGCCAUUCACCCGAAGACGACGAUCAACGGAAGAGGUUCUGUGAUCUGUUUGCUUUGGCUCUUAGGGGAACCCCCAGUGAUCGCCGCCAGCUGUUCGCGAGUGUGCGAAGUGGCCGUAGAGGUGACACCGAUUGCAGUAGAGCCGUAAAUAGCAGGGGGGACCUAGAAGGUGCGACGAGUGACAUCAAUAACCAUCAGUUGCUUCUAGAGGAAGAGCUACUUGGCCUGUGUGACUACAGUGACGAAGAAGAAAAAGCAGCACCAGUAGUACGUGAAAACGACGACCACGACACAGAAGAAACACAGAAAGGAGGAGAUGACAACUACCUGCACCAAAUCAGUGUCGGUAACUCCGAUAACAUUGCAGCUCCUGGUCAAAAUGUGAAGGCUAGCGUUAAAGAGGAAGACGACAGUAUCUACUUUUAUCGCAAUAAUCCGACACUUGUGAAGCAUGAAUUGGUCGUUUUGGUUAGAAGCCAACCCUGGGCUACCAGCUUAACGAACCAAAACCUACUAUUAAGUUCUACACCUGCUUCAGCGGACGAUAGCGUGAAGAAUUUCACUCGACGUAACAAACGUCAAGAUAAGGAGAGUGUAAAACGAGCUGCUGGAGGAGGUGAAGAAGGACUGUCCACACGAAGAGCUCGUCGAACGGAGACGCAGGCUAGUAGCAACUCCAACGUCAAUUCACAGAAAUUACCCAAAAGAAGAUUACACACGCCUUACGGACGGAGUUUACACCAGCUCUCCGUAUCCAAUAUUGUGGACUCGGAACAAGCUGCGCUUAAUGAUAAACGACCUCACAGUGGUAGUGCUAUUGUUAAGGUUGGAGACGAAACUACAUCGUCGGAGCCACCUGAUGCAGACGCUGGCAGUGCCAGUGUAAUGGAACAUCUUCGACAGCUUGUCUAUCGACGAUACGCCGGUUCGCAAGCUGAAGCUGUCAAACUAAGCCAGGCUUCGUACACAUCGGCUGACGACCAACAGGACUCACUGAGCGGCUCGUUGCUGUCGAGUGUACCAGACCUUUCACGGAGAUAUCGGCCGGCCCUAGAAGCAAGCCAACAGGCGACUAGUCGAAGGACUAUGCCUGCGUUAAAGACGGAUUCUCACCAGAGCCAAAACGGUCACACGCUGCCAACGGCAGAACUUGCAGCAGCUGUUGAAGGAAGUGGAGUAAAGGCUACAGACGAUUUCGUGUGGCGGGAACGUCCUUUGGAGAACGACGGGAAAAAAGAUCAAUUCCAGGCAAACGAUAGGAAACCAGUCGAUAUCGAAGGAAGUUCGUUGCCGUUAGGGGACGGGGCUGAAAUUCCAAAUUCGAGUGUUGUAAGGCAAGCUCCACCCGCGGUGUUAUCUGCUGGAAAGUCGUUGCUGAAUGCGGAAAUCUGUUCAGUGGACAUGGCUAGAGAAAGCGAAACCACUUCGGCUCAGGACGUUGUAGAUGCCAAACUAAAUGGCAGUCAGCAUCAUGAAAAGGUCCCCACUAUCAGUGCAUCGUUUUCCAAUACAGGAAACGUUACAAACGUUGAUGUCACAGUAAAACCUGAGGCCUUGGUUCCAUCUGAAAGUCCUAAAACUCCAAAACUCACCGUACAGGUACCUACGGCGGAUUUAAAUAACAAUAAUAACAACAACAGCAAUACGACUAUCAACAAAAAAGUGCCAGACAGCAAAAAGGCGUAUUCGAAACAGCAGCAGAUCGCGCAACAAAAAGUCAAGCUGCAACAACAACGUCCGGCCAAACCCAAAUCAUCAGAGGUUUCUACUAAAAGAUCAUCGUCGGCAACACCUCAUGGUGCUACCUCUCAAAAAACUGCUGUAUCCGAAAAGCGAGCUCCGUCCAAAUCGGGAAGCAGCGAGUCAAAGAAGUGCCAAAAAUCAAAAACUAUACCGUCAACCACAGGAGGAACCGGUAUCAAGGGCGGACAUGGCUCAUCCGGCAAUCAGCAGUAUUCCGUGUCAUCUUUUAACGCAGCGUCUCCUGUUUGUCAGUUAAACAACGACGUGUGGAACAGCCCCACACACCAGUUCAAUGGAAAUAGCAACGCGAACAAUAGCACCUCGCCUAUUUGUAGUAAGAAUCAUAAUAAUAAUAAUUACCUUGGUCAAGAAUCACAGCCAGUACAAGUAGCGCAGCACCAGUCAUCAUCACAAUAUUGGCAAUAUGAAGCGCUACCAGGUGUUAUGCAGCAACACAUCGAUCAGUUUGCCAGUUACUCGAGUCCACAACAAAUUGUAACAUCGGCACUACCUGGUGGCUAUAGUAAUUCGAACAGUAAUAGUAUGGAUUUUGCAUCGGGAACUAGUGAAAUGGGCCGAGGCGUACUAGAGCAAUGGUCGGGGGGCCGAAGUUCGCCGGUGUUUAUCCGUGAGAACAAUGUGAGAAUCGCACCAUUAUAUCGUCAACAUCAUCUGCACACGAUGGACUCCCAUACUACACCGACCAUGUACAGUAACUGUAGCAACAGCUCCGAGUCAAUGGAUUACAGCCAGCAGACAACAUCCGCGCACAACAAUGCCAUGCAGCAGCAGCAGCAGCAGCAGCAGCCGCAGCAGCAGCAGCAGCAGCAGCAGCAGCAGCAAUUUUAUCAACACCCGUCGCAACAACAGGUCCAUCAUACAACGAAUAUAACAAACGGAGGAACGCAUGUCGGUUACAAUAACGGCAACAACUACGCCUAUGGCAACAACAGCCAGACGAAUCGGUCGGUUCUUAUAUCACAGCCUCAGCCAAAUGUCAUCAGUAUUGAGGAAGCUCUCGCGCAGCUUGCCGAUGAGGACGCUGCUAUGUGGCAUGAACCCUCAACAAGUGAUCACAACAUCCAACAUCCGACAUCAGCUCAGUGUAGUGCCCAAAAUGUUCAAAUAUCAUCUCCGAACUUUAGUGAUAACUCGGAGAGAUACAACUUAAAUAUCAGUUCUAAUCAAAUAACGUCUCCGGCUCCGCUUAGUCCUCCAGCAAAACGCAACAGUCCUUUAAACUCAUCAAGCGACGAAAUGAGCUCUUGGAGCACCGAUGUAAAGAAACGGGCCCUGAUGGCCGCUUGUAGACCGGCUGACCAACCGCCGGAUUUCCCUGGGGGCGAGCAACUGCGUGCUUUGGCACAGCCCGACGGAACAACAGCACCAACAACAUGCUAUGGCCUUGAAGUGUCCUUCCCGCAACAGGUGUUUGUGGUCUUGCGAAAUAAGUUGAACUCGUCGGCCGAGGUGUUAGAUGUCAAUGUUGAGCCGUCAGCAGCGCGUGCCCUACGAGCCUUACGACUACCGCCAACGAUGGAGAGACCUUCACUUGAACUAGUUCAACAACGUUUUGCCGCUUUUUCAAACGCCACUGGCCUACCGCCGCUUUAUGAUUAUAGCCGUCCGGAGUUGGUGACUCAGCCGAAGGAGCCGAGGCCGCGAAGAGUUCUAGCAUUGUGUUGUGCAUACCGCCUGCGCUUCCCAGCUCUCUUUUUCGGUUCCACGACAGGAAUUGAGAAUGAACAAGAUCUGCAUGACUUCGUUCACUGUGCAGCGUUCUCGGGCGUGUUCAAUUCAUGGAACCUUGACCAGCUGAAUGCGAUCCGUAAAUUCAAAGAGCUUGUUCCGCCUCCACCUCCUCAGUAUCAACAGUGUGUCUCACAGACGGAAGCGUUUCUAGUGCUUGUCGCCCAUUUGCGGGUGGCAAACGUUCCGAGCGGCCGACCACCUCCAACAUUGCGGCAUGUUGUACUUGCCCCGUGGGCCGCCCAGGAGAUCAACGAUUCUCUCACAGCACUUUCCCCGGCCGUACAGGCAUCUAGUGACGCGCUCGUGGUAUUCAACGAAUCUCGUAAACUUAACACGCGAACGCAGAACGUUACAUACUGUACGUUCUUCGCGGGCGUACGUCUGCUCGAUGCCGCAGAAAAUGGAACAUACCUCACUCCUCAACAGUUAUUCGACGUUCCCGUACAGCUCUCUGACGACGGAGCAAAAGUAUUACGGAAACUUUUCUCAUUUAUGUACGAGGUGUACGAAACUUGCGGGUCGAUGGACAGGUACGCUGCUCUGCGAGAGGCUCGAAACCGGCUGAAUCUGGAUGAUGCAACCUUCUUUGCCGUUUUACACGCUCGUAGACCUGUUAGUCUUAUACGACCACGAGGAUCCUACGACCUUUCUCCCGAACAUGUACGACGGGUUGUGCUUGGAGACGGUGAUAAGUCAUCGAGUCGAAAGGAGGCCAAGACACCACGAAAAAGCUCAGCAAGUAGUAAAUCAGAAAGCAGCAAUACACGUGCCAUAGCCGAGGAAUCCUGUGAAUCGAUAUUACCACCUGGAACGCCAGGUACCCCUACAACUCCGGGAACACCUUGAAGUCUGUACUCGUGUAAUGUAAAAGAGCACAUGAAGGCAUGACCUAUCAAUGGCCGAACGAGGACUCAGAAAAGAAUCUGAUCUGCAAAUGGACAGUACAAGUGAACUAUUGCGCUUUCGUGUGCGAACUUGAGAUACGGAAACCGCCAGUUACACGUCAAACGCUUCCGUGCAAUUUGUAAGGGUUUUUGCAUCCUCCCAUGAAGAUUCGUUACGUCUACGGUAUCCUGUCAAAUGAUGUUGUUCACCGUAUUCAAAGGUUGGAAUCGAAAAGAGUCGUCUAUACAAUGGGAUACACAGUAUAGUUGGCUGUCUAAACUGUUCCCCACUCAACGCAUGCAACUAUCUACUGCAAUUUAAGCUACCUUAGUUAUGCAUGAACAUUAGUAAUGCAGUGAAAUACUAUUUUAAUGAAUAAACAAUCAUUAUAUAUUACAUACAGGACUAUAAUCAGGAUUGCGUAUCCUUCGCUUAGAAUUUAUCCAAAUCCAUCAUCCCACUUAAAUAAUACACAAACAACGUGUGCGUUUUAACAAGAGGGAGCUAGAGAGCAGUAAGAUAAGGCAAAAAUAAUCUAGCUAAACCGAUGUGUAGAGCACGCAGAGGCCUCUCUUUCUCACUCGAACAACAACAACA